AUUAUCCAAAGCUAUCGUGCUACUUAAAGUAUUCUUGAAGUUAAGCCAUACCGUAUAUACACUUCAUUAUAUUCUUACAAAAUCACAAGAAAGAAAUGGGAACAUAAUGUUUAAAAAUAUACCAUGUAGUCUAUUUAUGGAUAUCCAUUUUAAAAUAAGAUCCUUUAUAAAAUGCUGCACUUUGAAUGAAAAGCAAAGAUCCAAGACUUUUAUGUAAAAAUGUAAGCAAUAUUCUCUAAAAAGUCAAAUCUUUCUUUGUCAAAAAUGGGAGAGGAAAAAGUGCACUUCCUUAAAAAAUGUAAACAGAAUGGUGUCUCCAACUGAGAACUGAAGGUCCAAGAAAGGCAAAAAGAAAAGUGCAGAUCAAUAAAUAUCAACAAAAGAGGAGUCAUCUCUGUUAUAAACUAAAUGUAAGCAUGAGUCUGUACUUGGAUCAAGAUAUACUAAGUAUUAGUACCUUGUGGCAGGAAGUACAUAAAGUGCAAGUGUAAGCUUUAGUGUUAAAGUAUACAAUAAGUGAAUGUCUUAGUCUUUAUGUUCUUUUUCUUUAUGUUUUUAUGUUUAUGUUUUUAUGUCUUAGUAUUUAUGUUCUUUGUUGCUGUGAAAGCUGGAGCCGAUUGAAGGAAGUAAAAUUUGUUUACAUGUCACAUUUAGUCUCAAACAGGUUUACAAAGUUGCAUGUAGUGUUUUAAUUUCCUAAUGGACUAAUAAGAUAAGGAUGGCAAAAACAUAUUAUGUAAAUGCAACUCAAAUACUGAAAAGGUUUAACAGCAUCACGAUCUUUGACUGGUCCAAAGAUCCUUCUGCUCUGACCAAGAGACAAAAACAAACACAGCUAUCUUCUUCUUUUGGUUUGUCCAAACAUAAACCGACCUCUGCCUUGUUUUUCUCUUCCUCUUUAGUGUGUCAGAGGUUCAAACAGCAGAAACAAGAUGGCCGCCGCUAUGCAAGUGGCACCAACAUGUACAGGAUGCAACGGUGCUCGACUGGAUCACAUCUCUCUCUGUGUUCAGGUGAUGAUUGGGUCUCCAAAUGCCCGUCUGGCUGCAGACUGCAGGGUUUGAUGUCAGAAAUGGAAAGUGACGUGGAAAAAAAACUGCAGAUGUUCUGUCAAAAGUCAAGUGUUUAUGAAAUCGCAAUGGAGAAGUCCAUGGCAGAGAUGACGCACAUCUACAACUCUAACCGCAGAGCCAUGGUCAACAGAUACAUUUCAGAACUGAAGUUUGUGGAAAGUGCCGACAAACUGGGCAAGAACCUCAGAGAACUACGACAGCGAUCACGAUUUCUGGCACAGAAGAUAAAGGAGUUGAGCAACCAUGUGAGGAAACAGGUGGAGGAGCUGUAUCGAACAGAGGUGGACGUAGACAUGAAGCUAAGGACCUGCCAGGGAACCUGCCGCGUGGCGCUGAUGCUCAGCGUCGAUCACCAUGGCUACCAGACUCUUCAAACGGACCUACGCCUCAUGGACAAAACCAUGAAACAGAAAACCAAACCCGCCAAGCCUCCACAGAACAUUCCCCGAGUUACGCUGCAGCCGGCGAACGUCGGCCCGCCGCCGCCAGCAGAAUACAAAACGAUCCCGACGGUCCAGAAAGAGCUGCUGACGCAGUUUGAAGACAUUGAACAGAACCGUAUUGUUCUGGUGGACCAGUCAGACCAGGCGAACACACUCAGAGCUGCAGGUUCUAAUCUGGAACCAACAGCUGAGGGAGAAUCACUGUAAUAAUACUUAAUAAAGUCAGACAGACUUCACUUAUUUAUGUUUUCCUGACAGAAAGACUCCUCCGACCUUUAAGUCUUUUCAUUUUUUAAUGUUUUAUUUAUUAGUUUUCCUCCUGGCCUGAUUGAAAAUGAGCAAAGAUACAAACCAAAAUACAUUUAUUGAAAUGAACUGAUCACUUAUUCUUUUAGUUUAAAAUUACUGAUUGUGUCAUUUUGGAACUAAGAAAGGAUAUUAAUAAGCCUUGAAAAAACUUGUUUUUGAGGAUAAAUAUUUAAAUAAUGUCCUUGAUUUAAAUAUCAAUAUAACUUUGUUAUUUAUUGUAACAUUGUUUUAUUACAGUCAUGUGGUCUGUCUUAUAUAAUCAACUUAUUUCACCUACAGAAAAAGGCAUUUCUGUCUUUGUAAAUAAUUUAUAACUCUUUUCAAACAUCUCUGGUGUUUCAUUUAAAGAUAAAUACAUUUAUUUUAUUGACUUUGUUAUUUCUGCAGCUGCUAAUAAUAAAAUUUGUCCCAAAGCAAUAGAUUAAGUUCGAUAUUGCUUCUGGUUGAACUGCGGUGGUGAUAUAGCGAUGAGGUGGACUUGAACAUAUCAUGACAUGAAGUUGAACUGGUGAACUGUUUGUGUUGAACAUUAGCUGAGCUGAAGAUCACCAGAGCUGACCAAUCAGAGCAAAGAAAGCGUUUCGAAAUCUAAAUAACUGUAAAACUGUAAAUAGACAAAAGAGAAAAAUUAAUUUUACCUGUUAAAAUUAACACUGUAAAAAGUUUAUAUCAAUAGGGUUAAAGUUGAGUUUUUCUCUGUUUUGUAUUUAAAUAGUUAUUUACAUGAUUGAUUGAUGUUUAGUUGCUUUUCUUUUAGUAAACGGACAUUUUGAGAAAAUGGAUAGAACAUAUUUUUUCUUCUACUUUUUUUAAUCAAAAUUUGUGUUCAUAUUAAGAUGUGGCAUUUUCACUUUACCUGUAAAUUAAUGGGAUUAAUAAAGAAACACGACC